AUGCGCCGCCGCCGCCGCCGCCACCUCCGCCGCAUGGCGCGGGAGGCCAACGCGGAGCUUGCGCGCUCCGUGGCGGAGUGGCGCACGCAGAGUUUCCGCCACCCCGACUCGCAGGCCGUGGUGGUGCUGGCGGCGGAGACUGAGCGCAGCCGCGGCUGGUCGGCGGAAGAUCACAGGCGCAGCUUCAGCUGCGGCGACCUGGGCGAGUGUGGGCCGCCAGAUACCAGCCAUGGCGGCUGCAGCGGCCGGAUUGUCCCGAACGGCCGCGAAAACAGCUCAGGCGAGACAGGAGAAAAGAGAGAUGGCGCUCCGCCGCGGAGGAGCGAACAGGCGUCAUGUUCUUCUUCAGGUGCCUCAGGUGUCACGCCAGGUGCCUCAGCAGGUGCCGCAGGUGGCUCAGCAGGUGCUCCUGCACGUGCCUCCUCGUCUGGUGCCUCAUGCAGGCCUGUCCAUCGGCGUGGGAUGAGCGUGAAUGCGCUUCCUGAGCUCUGCCCUUUUCCCCCUGUGGACUGGCGCUGGGUACCAUCUCCUGACCCUGCUGCCGCCUCACACUGCGCUGCUGCUGCCGCCUCACACUGCGCUGCUGCUGCCGCCUCACCCUAUGCUGCUGCUGCCACCCCACACUGCCCUGCUGCUGCCACACGCUACCCUGCUGCCCCUGGUAGCUUCUGCACAGCGCCUCCCAGCGGCGCCACGUCGCCGGCACUCUCUCCCCUCUCGCCCUCCUCUCUCGUUUCGUCCCCCUCACAGCUGCUCUCGAGAUAUUUCGCCUCGUCCCCAGACAGCAGUCACACACACCGGGCGCAGGUAUUUAACCGGGGUACUCCUCUUGGCAAAUUCAGUGACACAUCGGCAGCCGUCUACCGUUCUUUUACAGCCGACAGCGCAGCUGGCUGUGUGCUCAAUAACUGUGCCAAUGGCACCAGCAGUGUGACAGCCGUGAAAACACCGACUGAUACUAACCAGAGGGCUCUCACUGCUGCCAGGGCUGCAGCAGCAGUGGCAUCAGCAGCGGAAGGGUCUGUGCAAACCUUGUCCAGUAUCGUCCACACGACUGGGGAAGCUAGGAGGGGAGCUGGAGGACAGGAGGCAGGUAUUGUGGAGAAGAAGAAACGGAGCGGGGCGUUGCAUGGCGCAAAGGCUCGGUGGUUCCCGCCUGUCUCCGCCGCACUCCACAAAUUUUUUUCUCGAGGUCAUUGUCACUGA